AUGCAGAGGGCCGCCAUCGGUCUGCCGUCGCCUGCUUACAAUGCAAGGCCAGAAAGGUUCGCUGCAGUGUUACAUCUACCGGCAAACCUUGCACCAGCUGUCGGCGAGAAGGUCUUGAUGCCAAUGGAUGCCAAGUUAUCCCAAGGAAGAAACACAUGUCUGUAUCCCAUUAGCAAAUACAGAAGAGAACUUCGACCAUUGCCCAGGACAGACGCCGCAAGCCCUCGAGAAAGUGAUGGCAUUCCUUCACAACCGCUAGAUUUUUGGGCACAAGGAAGCCUACCCCAAGGACAUGAUCUCGCUGUUCCUCAUGUUCCUCAGAACAUGGCUGAUGGUCUGCCCGGCCCUGAUAUACGACAGCUCCAGUCAACACAGUCAAGCGACAAUGCUACAGACGAAGGACACAAUCCAACCAGUUUCGCCGAAGCCUUGCAAGCUAAUAGUCCAUUCAACAACGAACGACUCUUUUAUUCAGGCGACCGACAAGGCCUGGUUCAUUCUGUCAUGGACAUCUGCUCGGGACAAAGACCCCAUACAGAACGUACCCUUUGGCCCUCGAUAAGAAGCCCCGAGCGCAAAAAGAAGUGGCACACUCACGACUGGACCUAUCUCCAGAGCAAAGGAGUCUUUGACCUCCCCAACACCUCACUCUGCGAAACUCUGGUCGCCAAAUACUUUACUCACGUCCAUUCCCUGCUUCCCAUCAUUGAUGCCAGCCAUUUCCUGUCACAAUUCACCCUUGGUGGCGCUCCAAGCACCAACCUUCUCUUGUUGUGGAGCGUCCUGCUGGCUGCGGCAAAUUUUGCCUCCCCCGAAACACUACAAGCAGCUGGGUAUUCAUCCCGGAAGGCUAUGAAACGUGCCAUGUAUGCUCGGGUCAAGGCAUUAUAUGACAGCGAUUACGAGGACGACAAGAUCUGCAUCGUCCAGUCUGUCAUCCUCCUGGGCUUCUGGUAUGCUGAUGCCGAAGACCGCAAUGGUCCCUGGCACUGGCUAGGCAUUGCCAUCGGUCUAUGUCAAGUCAUGGGUCUCCAUCGACGACCUCGUGUCUCACUGUCCAAUCCCUCGGCAAAAUCCCGUCAACGACUCUACCGCAGGAUCUGGUGGUCAUGCUUCAUCAGGGAUCGAUGGCUGUCCCUUGGUCUAGGAAGGCCUAUUCGCAUCAACCUCGAUGAUUGUGACGUCGAGAUGCCUGAUACCCUUGAUGUCACGGCGGAGCUCGAACAACUCGCUCCUGAGACCGCUAAUAGAUAUCUCCCAAAAUCGAUGGACCGACAUGCAGAAAUUUGGAUUAAGCUGAUCAAUCUGAGUCAUGUCCUAGGGAGAAUUAUAAGGAUGGAUUAUCGCUUGACCACCAACGACGACGCACGCGGCCAUGUUCAAGCAUUCGAAGCAGAAUUGAACGCCUGCCGACUUACGGUCAAUCAGUCAUUACACCAGGAAGCCUAUUCCAUUGCCCUGAAUCGGCUUCAGUAUGAGAUGCUUCUCGAGGCAACGGUCAUCGUUCUUUACCGCCCUGCAAUCAAUUUCCAAACAUGCCCAGAUGACUCUGACUCCAAACAGCCUGAGGAGCUGAAGGGCUUGCAUAACGCCCGCGCUGCGGCAGCCAGAGUAAAUCAUAUCAUAGAGAAGCUCGUUGAGUCUGACAUGGUGCACUACUUGCGGCCUAUGAACCUCACGGCGAUGAUUCCAGCCAUGCAGUUGCACUUGUAUGACUGCAAAUCCACCCGCCAACUUGUCCGGAAAUUUGCUCGUUCCAAACUUUCAGAAUGCAUGAUGAUUGUUUCCGAGCUACGCAACACUUAUUGGGGCGCAGACUUUACCUGGAGGCUGUUCGAAACGGCACAAGCGAUACUUGACAGUCAAAUCUCGGGAGAAGAGAGCCUUCCGGCAAGAGACGAACGAAGCAGCACGAUAAAUCUGCCCAAAGACUCUGAGGACGCUGCAUGUCAGGACCAAGGGCCAUUUUCAUUCGAUGACUUGUUUCUCGCAGAUGCGUCGAGCAUGUAUCUUGAUCAAGUCUACAAUGACCCUUUAUACUCGGAGAUACCAGAUCCGACAAUCGCGGACCCCUGGAGCCUCAACGAGCUCCAAAACAUGUUUGACAUGCCGCUGGCGACUGGCGACGCACGAUGA